AUGGUCAACUCCUGUUGUGGCUCCACCUGCUCUGAGGAGGGCUGCUGCCAGCCCAGCUGCUGCAGGCCCCAGUGCUGCACCUCCAGCUGCUGCCGCCCCAGCUGCUGCGUGUCCAGCUGCUGCAGGCCCUGCUGCCAGUCUGUGUGCUGCCAGCCCAGCUGCCGCCCCAGCUGCUGCCGCCCUACCUGCUGCAUUUCCAGCUGCUGCAGGCCCUGCUGCCAGUCUGUCUGCUGCAGGCCUUGUUGCCAGCCCAGCUGCUGCCGCCCCAGCUGCUGCGUGUCCAGCUGCUGCAGGCCCUGCUGCCAGUCUGUGUGCUGCCAGCCCUGCUGCCGCCCCAGCUGCUGCCGCCCCAGCUGUACUAGCUCCAGCUGCUGUGGCUCCAGCUGCUGCCGCCCCAGCUGCUGCAUUUCAAGCUGCUGCCGGCCCAGCUGCUGCACCACCAGCUGCUGCCGCCCCAGCUGCUGCAUUUCAAGCUGUUGCAGGCCCCAAUGCUGCACCACCAGCUGCUGCCGCCCCAGCUGCUGCAUUUCAAGCUGCUGCCGGCCCAGCUGCUGCACCACCAGCUGCUGCCGCCCCAGCUGCUGCAUUUCUAGCUGCUGCAGGCCUUGUUGCCAGCCCAGCUGCUGCCAGCCCAGCUGCUGUAGUGGAUCUUGCUGCUGA